AUGGCUCCAGCCAAGCAAGUGUCAAGGUCCGAAUUAAAAUCGAGGGACUUUGUCCCACGAGGAAACAAGUCUUCAUCUCCCUUCAAUACCACCCUGUACCUGAGUCUGCGUGCCGUGGACUGCUACUGGCAAUACCUUGUCCUCUCCCAAGCCUAUGGAUCGGGGCUCAUCAAAUUGCUUGGCGGCAGCAUAAUUCCCACGCCAGAGCCGUACCAUGCAGGCACUCCACAGCUUGAUGCCCUCGGCCUGUCUGGGUACAGACUUGCAUUGCUUGCCAUGAACGUCAUUGCCGCAGUCAAGCAUUUCUGGUUUGUGCUCAAUGUCGCCGAGGAGGCCUGGACCCUCACAGGCGCCAUCGUCGUCGGGCUUGACAACAUUCUUUUCGACACGCUCAACAAUCUUCUCUUUCUCUGUGCUGCCACUUCGGCAACCUCCCAGACCGCGGGAGAGAGUACGUCGAAUCCCUACCUGUUCGCCGGCUUGGCUCUCUUCAUGAUUGGCAUUGCUACCGAGUGCACGUGCGAAGUCAACCGUGGGCGGUUCAAGCUCAACCCCCAGAAUAGCGGCAAGCCAUACACAACUGGACUAUUCGCAGUCGUAAGACACCCGAACUACACCGCCUUUACCAUUUGGCGAGCCGGACUGGCAGUGGCAACGAGCGGCGUAACAUACGGCAUUUUGAUUGCCACUUUCUUCAUGUGGGACUUUUCCAACCGGGCUGUUCCAGCGCUGGACGAGUACUGCUCCAAGAGGGUAAGUCGAAUCACCCAAUCAUGCGUUUCGCCUGCGGGCACUGACCAUGGAUAG